UUGAGUCAUGAGAUUUACCAGAGAGGUACAGACGGAGCUGAAUUUUGCAGUAGCAGCAAGUGUUGAGCAUGUGUGUGUGGAAUAUUGAUUAGUGGCCCCUUCUGUUUCCUCCAUUCUUUUUCUUCCGCCAUUAAACGAUUUGACAAUACAUCUCAACUCCCCCUUUUUAGCCCUUUCUAGGGUUCCUCUUUUUUCAUUACCUGUGACCCCAUUUUCUCUCUUUUUCUCUCCUCUUCAUCAGACUCUGCUUCACUGUUGAAUGAGGUAUGUAAUCUUUUAGGGCAUCAGACUCGGCUUCAGUAUUGUGAGUGACCCUUCUGGCUACCACUUUUGGGAUUGCUAUGAUGGCUGAUGGAGAGCUGGAAUUUUCUAACCAAGAAAUGUUAUCAAGUUCGAAUUUUGGUGAAUUUAGUAGUUCCAUGGACAGCUUUUUCAAUGAGAUUCUCAAGGAUACGCAUGCCUGCACUCACGCCCACACUUGCAACCCGCCUGGCCCUGAUAAUUCUCACACACACACUUGUUACCAUGUUCACACCAAAAUUGUGCCUCCCUCGGAGGAGGACGAGGAUAAGAACCCCAGUGAUGAUACUGCAGAGUCUUCAGAGAAGAAAGGAAAGAAACGACCUGUGGGUAAUAAGGAAGCCGUUCGAAAGUAUCGUGAGAAAAAGAAGGCUCGGGCUGCUUUGUUAGAGGAUGAGGUUAUCAGAUUGAGGGCUAUAAAUCAGCAACUAUUCAAGAGGCUGCAGGGUCAGGCUGUAUUGGAAGCUGAGGUUGCUAGGCUCAAGUGCUUGCUUGUCGACAUCCGAGGAAGGAUUGAAGGGGAAAUUGGAUCAUUUCCAUACCAGAAGCCGAUGAAGAGUGGCAAUGUAUAUCAGAACGUAGUUAAUCCUAACAUUCCUGGAUCAUAUGUGGUGAACUCUUGCAACCUACAAUGUGAUGAUCAGGUUUAUUGCCUCCAUCCAGGUGCAGAAGUUAAAAUCUCAGACGGCACUGUAUUAAAUGGACAAGGCUUCAAUAACUGUGAAUUUGAGACUCUCCAAUGCUUGGGUAAUCAAACCUCUGGAAUGGAGGAGGUUCCUUGUCCUGUGGAUAAUGGCACACCUACUCCUACUGCCAACACUUCUGGUCGAAGCAAGAGAAAAGGAGGCGCACGUACAACAACAGCAAGUUGAUGAACUGCACAGGAGAAGCAUCUUUGUUCUUGGGAAUAAGUACGUUUUGUUAUGUGCUCUCUCUUGGGAUUUCUUCCCAGCUUAUCUACUUUGUUGAGUUCAAUUAUAAUCUCCUUCGGGCUGUUGAGUUGGUGGCCUAGUACUUAUUUAUCAAGAGUCAUGUAAAGCAGAACAAAUUGAAGGAAUAUAGCUAGCAGAACUCAUGAAGAGGAUACCAAGAGUUUUGGUUUUCUGUGAAGAUCUGGAAGCUUUUUAUUCCUCAGUGUUGUAUUUGUUCAUUCUUUUUGAUGAAUAUCUUCACCUAUUGCUUAUGGAUCUUUGAAUUGAUAAGUUGUCUGUUCCUAUAUUAUGUGAAUUUGAAAGCACUAAAUUUGGAAUAGAUGGUGGCUUUGUUUA